UUUCUGGGAAAUAAUAAAAAACUGGGAGAAAUAAGAGACUGGGAAAGGGAAGAUAAACACGACAAUCAUUGAAUCGAACAAAAAAAUAUGUAAAAAACAAAUUUAUUUAAUUUAAUUUUGAACAGAGAAUUUAAUCAAACGCUACUACAGAGAACAACAAUAAAUUAGAGGGAAAGAGUCGGUGAAUUCAAUUACCUCUUUCUAUAAGUCUGCCUUUCCAUCUCCUACCAAAGUCACCCUUCUCUUUCCCUCUCAAAAAAUAUCAAAGAAGAAAUUGGAGUUCCACCCAAUCGAACCUUACCCAUUUUGCAUUUUCUCAUUUAGUUUGUGUUUUCUAACUUUAUUGGUCUAAUGGGGUUCUCUUUUUGAGUCAAUCAAAGCCACAGGAAGAGAGAAUCCCCUGAAAUUCAACAACCAUGGAAGGUGUUGUCCUUUCCUCAGUUCAUACACCAUAGCAUGAUUUCUACAGCUUCUUUAUUUUUCUUUUGUACCUGAUAUAUCCCUAUCCGUACAUCACUGUUUCAACUCAAUGGCUUGAUUUUCUAGAACAACCCUAGCAGCUAUAGGGAAACUUAUACGUGCCAUUUGGUGUCUUUACUCUUUACUUGUAUAUGUUCAUUUUUUAUUUUGUCUUGUAAAAAAAAUAAUCAAUGUUCAGAAUCAAGUGAAGUGCAUUUUGGAGAGAAUAGAGUUUCUCCAGAGAAGAAUUUGAAAAGGACAGUCAAGACACCAGCCCAGGUUGUUGCUUUGGAGAACUUUUAUAAUGAGCACAAAUAUCCCACAGAGGAAAUGAAAUCAGAACUUGCAGACCAAAUAGGGUUGACAGAAAAGCAAAUAUCUAGCUGGUUUUGCCACAGAAGGCUAAAAGACAAAAGAUUGAGAGAUGAAGUAUGCACUAAUGGACGACAAGAUCGAUCUAGCGGUAUUAUUCAGGAUCGAGGGAGUGGGUUGAGGCAAGAUUCAUGUGGCAGUACCAAACAAGGUGAUUAUAGGAAUCUUGAUCCAAGGGAAGUUGAAAGCCAGAGACUUUAUGGUCGAGAUUUUCAUCCUGCUGAUCUAACCUAUGACCGCACGAGUCGCUAUACAGGGAAUGUUACCGGCAUUGAUAAUAUAUCUUCAGGAAGUAGCUCAUCGUUGCAAGAUAAGUUUGUUUGUCAAAGAGAGGAUCCUUAUGACGCAGAAACCUCAAAGUACCUAGCACAGAAUGGAGCUGCCAUGCCAUUAAUUCCCAAGGGUACUGAUAGUUUUGGGUAUAAACCAUCAGGAUAUUUGAAAGUGAAGGGUGAAAUUGAGAAUGCUGCUAUUACUGCUGUCAAGAUGCAAUUGGGCAGGCAUUAUAAGGAGGAUGGUCCACCACUAGGUGUUGAAUUCCAGCCACUUCCUCCUGGUGCUUUUGCAUCCCCAAGUAGAGAUCCAGUCAAUGGACCUAUCUAUGUGGGAGAUCUUGCUCAGAUGUGUUCUCCUGAUGUUUCUGGGGUUCGAAAGCAAUCCAGUCUUGGCGCUAGAUAUGAAGUAUAUAGCACCAAGAUGAGUUCUCAUGAUUCGUAUACAGAGGGAGCAAAUUGUAAUCCCGAGCCCUCUGAUUCUCAUGAUAGAAAAUCUCAUCACCAUCUAGAACAGAAGCCUACCUAUAAUGGUUCCAAUUCUAAUGCUGGUGGGAACUCUGCCAUGGAUAUGCCCGAUGAUCUUGCUGGUGAAACAUCAGCCUAUGUAAACAAAAGACAUUAUAGGAUGAGCUCUAAGCAUGGUUUUGAGGGGAGAAGAUCAGAUUCUCUUUCAACCUAUCUUGGUCCCAGUGGUAGGAGAGUUAAUAGUGAAAAGACAGAAGCUUGGUUGCAUGACUGUGAUAAUGGCAAUCCUAAGAUAGUUCAAAGGAAUAAUUACACGUCUAAGCAUCCGCACUUGAUGCGUGGAUCUGGAAAAUCUCUUGAUACAGAGGAGAGAGCACGGUGUACGAUCAUUGAAAAGGAGGACAAACUUCAUGGAGAAAUGAAAAGAAUGAAAGGCUCUCACGACCCAGUUCGAGUAACGAGGCAUCCAACAGAUGAAACAACUGUUGCAAAAAGAUUCAGAGUUGACUUUCCACAGCAAGAACAUGUGGCAAAAGCAUCAUUUUCUGAAAUACGUCGAAGGACAAAUCUGACUAAACGGCCUGCCAUGGAGAGGCCAUCUAGUUUCAGCGAGGAUGAAACUCCAGAAACCAGUUCUUCGGCAGAAUGAGAAACUGACAAAUAAUGGAUUCAGGUGGUAUAAUGGUUCGUGAGAUCACCUCUCAAAAAGACAGCGAUUACCCAUUCACCUGAUGAAGAUUGUACAAGGCUGUACAGUUUGAGAGAAUGUAUUUCUUUUGUUAGUGAUGCUCCUUUGCUACGUGGAAAGAAGUUUAGUUCAUCGUGGCAGCCAAUUGCUUUUGCCCCUAAUGUCGUCAAGUGUGUACUUUGUAGUUUGUACAAAUUUUGCCCUCGAUGUUAAAAUUCUUUCUGGAGAUAUUCUUGAUUUCUGAUUGUAAAUCAGAUUAGGCAGGGACCCUUUAGCAAUGGGAGUCCAGACAAUGUUGAUGGCAUCAUGCGACAGCACAGCAUGCCCGUAGUGCUUUUUGUAAAGGCAAAUGAUAGCAAGACUGCUAUAAAGCUGUUUUCUACUUUCUAUCAA